AUGCAUUCCUACGUGCGCCCCAAUCAAUAUGUCGCCUUCCGACUGCCGUCGGAUGCGACCAAGAUCUUGAAGGUGGUGCCUGACACAAUGAUCUUCCUCGGCAAAUAUGGCACCUUCCCCGCCAACCAGAUCAUCGGGCGACCAUUCUACCUCACCUUCGAAGUCUUCGACGACGCCAGCGAAAACAACGGCCACAACCUGCGCCUGAUCACCGCAGCCGAACUACACGCAGAGACGCUGAUCGCAGACGGCGAAGGCGACGGCGACGAGCCCGACGUGAACGGAGAGAGCCUCCCGAUGCGCACAAACCGCGAGAUCGUGGACGACGGGUCGGCGCAGAAGCUGACCCUGGAGGAGAUUGAGGCGCUGAAGAAGGAGUCGACGGGGUCCGGGCGCGAGAUCAUCGCGAAGAUCCUCGAGUCGCACUCGGCGCUCGACCAGAAGACGGCGUUCUCGCUCGCCAAAUACACCCUGCGCAAGCGGAAGAAGUACAUGAAGCGGUUUACGGUCGUGCCGAUGGACGUCAGCCUUUUGACGAACUAUAUGCUGCAGGAAAAGGACGCCGCGCGCAUCAUGGAGCUGCGGGACGAGCUGAUCGGGCUGCUGGGGUGCUGGGCGAAUGUGCACCACGCGGGGAACUCGCCACUCGACGGCGCAGUCGCGUCGAAGCCCCGCGGUCGCUAUCUCGUGGUUGACGAAACGGGCGGGCUGGUCGUGGCGGCGAUGGCGGAACGGAUGGGGAUCCUGUACCCGCACGAUGGCGAGGACGACCGGGAACAACAGGGGUCAGACGACGUCCCAUCCACAGAAGGUGCCCAAGGGGAGCAGCAGCCGGCCUCGCGGCAUCCGCGCCACACGCACAUGUCGGCCCCCGACAACUCGAUCUUCCUCCUGCACGCCAACAAACAACCCAACAUGUCGCUCCUCAAAUACUUCGGCUACGACCAAGACAACCCAAGCGAGACGCACCCGCUCUACUCGCACCUGAAGCCCGUCUCCUGGCUCCAGCUGCUCGAACCGCAAGAAGAUACCAUCUACGCGCAAGAACCCGAGCUCCUCACCAGUGACGAAAUCGCCGCCCUCAAAUCCAGCAAACGCAGCACAUACUACCGGAAGCGUGCACGCUGGGAGCGCACCCAAGCGGUGGUGAACGAAGCCCGCGCAGGCGGCUUCGACGGACUCGUCGUCGCAACCCUAAUGAAACCCAUCAGCGUCCUGCGAAAUACCGUCCCGCUACUGUCCGGAUCGGCCCCAGUCGCCGUCUACUCGCCCGUCAUCGAGCCCCUCACCGAAGUGAUGGAUUCGUACUCGACCGCGCGCAAGACCGCCUACAUCACAAAACGCAACCAACUCGGCCAGCGGCGGCAAGAGCAAGAGAAGACGACGGGCGCCGCCGGGAUCGAUUCCCAGGACCCGUUUUACCCCGAGCUGGCCGAGGAGUUCUACGUUAACCCGACGCUUCUGCUGGCGCCUACGCUUGAGACUUCCCGCGUGCGCUCCUGGCAGGUCCUUCCGGGCCGGACACACCCGAUGAUGUCUGGGCGCGGUGGUGCCGAGGGGUACAUAUUCCACGCCAGCCGAGUGCUACCGACGCAGCAGACUAUCCAGGCUGCGGGGAACCCCAGUCGCAAGAGGCGGAGGAUGGACACUGGCGCGACGACGGCGGAUAGUAGCACUGGGGCGGACGUUGAAAUGAAUUCGUGA